AUGGGGGGUCGGAGCUCCCCACCCACCCCACCCUGCGGCUCCGUCGCACCCCAAGAAGCAGCUGCUGCAGCAGGAGCCGCCGCCUGUGACUUGGCCAAAGUUUCACGCCGACUCCCUUCCUCCGGGCGGGGAAUUAGGCAUCAGAGUUCAGUGCCGGGAACAACCAACCCGCCCCCCGCGCCCCCGCUGGAGCCCUUCCCUGGCCCUCAACCCUUUCCCAGCCUACGGAGCUCAGCCCAGAGAGGCGAUCCCCGACCCCGGAGCUGCGGCCUCCUGACCAGCUCCAAGGAGUCGGUGCCCCUGCACCGCAGCUCGGCGUCGGUGUUGAUCCGAGGCUUUGUGGCGGACGUGGGCUCCCAGCUGCUCUGCAGGAACGAGGAGCCUGGGCCCAUGGAGGCCGUGUUCCAAUUCCCCGUGGACGCCGAGGUGGCUGUCGACGCCUUCCAGGCCCGGCUGCGGGGGGCCUGGAUCCAGGCCCAGCUCCAGGAGAAGAGACAGGCACAGGAGCUGUACGGGGACGCUCUGGCCGGGGGGCAGAGCUCGUUCCUGCUGCAGCAGGAGGGGGCUGGGGGCGACGUGUUCAGCUGCUCCCUGGGGAAUUUGCCCCCCGGGGAGGAGGCGAUGCUGACCCUGAGCUACACCUGCAAGCUGCCGCUGGAGCAUGACGGGGCCGCCCGCUACGUGCUGCCGACCGUGCUACACCCUCGCUACACACCCCACAGGUGGGAUGGGGAGAACAUCACCCAGGAGGUCCUACGGGUCCUCCAGGGGGAGCUGCCCUACACCCUGAGCCUAAGCGCCAUGCUGCAGUCGCCCCACGGCAUCGACCACGUGCUCUCCAACUGACCCUCAUCCCACCUGAGCUAUACAGCCGGGAACCUAACCACUGCCCAGGUGUCGCUGGCCCAGGCCCCCCCGUGGGACCGGGACUUGGAGCUGCUGGUGUAUUACACGGAGCCACCCAAACCCAGAGCGGUGCUGGAGGCCCGGCUGCCUGGAGCCGAGCCAGGCUGCCUGAUGGGCGACCCGGCCGUGGUGAUGACCCUGCUGCCCAGAGUGCCUGAGGCGGUGCCGGCCCAGAGCCAGCCUGGAGAGUUCGUCCUCCUGCUGGACCGCUCCGGCAGUACGGCCUGCCCCACUGGACAGCAGAGACCUCUCCCUGACAGCGCCCAGGAGACCCUGGUCCUACUGUUGAAGAGUUUGCCCCUGGGCUGUUAUUUCAACAUCUAUGGCUUUGGGUCUGAGUUCGAGUCCUUCUACCCCUGAAGCGUGGAGAAUACCCAGCAGACCAAGGCCGAGUCCCUGCAGCGCCUCCAGCUGCUCCAGGCUAGCCUCGGGGGCACCGAGAUCUUGGAGCCGCUACGAGCCAUUUACCGCAGCCCCUGCCGGGACGGGCACCCACGCCAGCUGUUCGUGUUUACGGACGGGGAGGUAGAGAACACCCAGGACAUCAUCGCAGAGGUGCAGCGUCACCGGGGGACCCACAGGUGCUUCUCAUUCGGCAUCGGGGACGGGGAUGUGAUCAAAGGCAUCGCCCGGGCAGUGGGGGGCAGCGCCGAAUUCAUCACCGGCCAGGACCGCAUGCAGCCCAAGGUGCCGCAGUCUCUGAAGCGGGCCCUGCAGCCGGCGGUGACCGGGAUCUCACUGAGCUGGGAUCUGCCCCCUGGGAUCCAGGUGGAGCCGCUGCACUGGGACCCCGAGGUGAUCUUUGCUGGGCAGCGGUGCCUCGUCUAGGCCCAGCUCCGCGGGCAGCCCCAGCCACUAGACAUUCCCAUGGGGGGCAUCACCCUGCAGUACCGCAUCCAGGACCAGACCUACAAGGAGACGCUGCAGUUCUCCCUGCAGCCACAGGAUGGAGAGAGGCUGCCCGUUCACCGGCUGGCAGCCAAGUCGCUGCUGCUGGAGCUGGAGGUGGCCGUGGGCGCGGGGUCGGAGGGGGACGGGCGCCGGGCACUGGAGGCCAGCCUGAGCUCGGGGGUCGUCUGCUCCCUCACGGCCUACGUGGGGGUGAACAUGGAGCGGGGGCAGCUGGUGCAGGGGCGGCUGGUGAGACGGGAUGUCCCGCUGGCAGAGCGGGCACCGGUGGAGUCUCCCUUGCUGAGGCUGGUGUCUCUGCAAAAUGCCGACAUCUCGUGGAACCUGGACUCCCGGCUGGCUUCUGUGCUGGGGGUGAGCGAGACUGACGCCAGGGGGAGGAUACCCAGUGAGGACGUGACCCCCACUAUCCGGGCCAUGGUGCUGGCUAUGGUCUGGCUGCACAGCCAGGCCGUGGGGCAGCGCGACGAGUCGAGCUGCUGGAGGCCAAGGCUGUGGGCUGGGUGCGGGACUGAGCAGCCCCCGGCCCCCACCCCAGAGGUGGCUGCACUGACCUCGCCCUGCAUGAGCCAUCCAGUGUCAACCUAGUCCCAUCUAGACGGAGUUCAGCGAUUGGACAGCCAGCCAGACCAACCGGAUCUUUGCUUGUCCAAACACGACCUCCUUUUGUCGUAAUGGCAGUUUUCUCUUCGCUAGACAAUCCUGAACGCAAACACGAGCACAGUGCUUCGCUUCAUUCUUCAUUUCCUCUCUGCCUAGGUCCAGACUAGAGCUGGUCAGACAUUUUCCAGCUGAACAGUGCUGUGUUGGCAAAUGCAAUUCUGUGGUGAAGGCUGAAAGGUGGAAUCAGGCAGCAGAUGGAGGAUGUUUGCCCCGUGCUGCGUGUUGUGAAUCCCUCCCCAUUCACCAGCUGCUGAAUUCUCUACCACAGGAAGAAAUGCUUCAAAACCUGACCGUCCAUCUCGAUGGUUAAUGCUCACGCUGUGUCCAUCCUGGGCAGCACUGGGCCCUUCUCAGGACAUCCUGGGACUCAAGCAAACAAUGAAAGAACUCAGCUGGUUAAUUCCCUGGAAAGAAAGUGCUAUUUGCAUCAAGAAACUGCAGGAACAUAAAGAAGAAGCAAACAGUUUCCCACUUCAUGUUAGCCAGCACUGACCCCCUUUGAACUGCUUUCACCAUAUGACUCUGUGCUGGGCGGUGUCCCUAUUUCAGCCUUUCCGUGUCUGAGAAGGCAACACAACAAAUUCAAUUUACAGCCACAUUGCGCAGCGACUCCAGGGAAGGAUUAAGAUACCAGGUAAUGGAUUAAUUGCCUUAUGGCCUGAAGGAAUGCUGCCCUGGGACUGAGAUUUCCCCAAAGGCCAGACGGAAUUCAGAGAUCUUAGUUCUCACUUCCCGCUAUGAAUAGUGGAACUUCAAUACCAGCGGUGACACCCUGGCCCCAUUGAAAUCAAAGGCUGUUUUGUCUUUGACUUCAACGGGCACAGUAUUUUAGCCCAUAUUACGAGGCUUUUGCAAAUUGAAAAUCCCAACCUACUAUCCUGGUCCAAACCCACUGAAGUCAGAGGAAAGGCUCUUUCAGAGAGAGCUGGGGAACCAGCCCCCAUUGAAAACUCCAGCCGGAGUGAGUCUUUCCAGUGGUCUUUAGAUAAACUCCGUUGGUAGAAGCUGAUUGCCUAGCUGCCUUCGGCGCCUUUGGAUAUCCCAGCUUCCAGCUGACUGCAGUGGACUUUGAAGCAGACCCAGUCUGUAUAGCUGAGCCUUUAGAUAGAUAGAUAGAAAAUGCACACACACAAUAACAAAAUAAAAUCAUACGACCGUCUGUACUCACACGUAUGUGACCAUAAACAGCCUCACGUACUGUAGCACACCCAUUAAUGUAUGAACCCUCCAGCCUGUAAUGCCCCAUCCGUGCCCAUCUGGUCCUGGGUCCUAGGUCCUCUCCUUGGCUCUGGCUGGGCUUGGCAUGCUAGCGACUAGAGCAGGGGUAUGGCCCAUGGCGUUCCCGGGUUCUGUUUUGGUUCCUGGAGGCAAAUGUGGCCUAGUGGGUUGAGUAGGGGGGACUGGGACUCAGGACUUCUGGCUUCUACUGUGGUAAAAGCAUCACAGAGAAACCAAUGUAAACACACUGAGCAUAGCAGGAGUCACCCGUCAGUCUUAUGGGGCCCCAGCAGGUCAGAGACUUUCCAACGCUUCUGCCAGCCCAGAAGGUCCUGUCCGUCGAUGGGUCCGAGUGAGUUCAAGCUCAUCCUUUCAGAGCAAAAGUCUUUUCUUUGUUUCCUCAUUUCUGGAAAAGCCAGCUUGACCCAAUGUGUGCGAACCCCCCUGAGGGCGUGGAACUUCUGUGGAGCAGAUCAGUCUGCGGUGGGGUGUCUACACUGCAUUGUAAACCCAGGCUUGUGGACUCGGUGUUUCCAAGCCCGUGCUUGAGUGUCCACGCUGCAUUGGAAGCCUGGGUUUACAGUGCUGGACCUGGGUCUCACAGCUGUGCUAACAUGUCCAUACUGCACUGUGCAGACCUUCUGACUCGGGUCUGCGGCUUGACCCGCGUCCACACUGCACAAUGACAGGGCUUGGACCCGAGUCUCAGUGGGAGUCGGGCUCUGACGCAUCCCCCGAGCAGCAUCCUAGGACCCUGGCCCUGAGUGCUUCCUGCGCUGAGUCAGACUGACCUGUGUACACGCAGAAGGGGGCCUUGGGCUCAGACAUAAGUCAGAGCCCGGGCGUAGGGUGCAAUGUAGACAUAGAUGGUGAGUUGCUUUGCUUUACUCACCCCUCCCCUGGUAUUUUUGGUUCCUGGAGGAGCUGGCAUAGCCCUCCCCCAUGGAGUUAUGUACAAUUCCUGGCCCACAAUGAUACAUAAACUUAAUACAGUGUGGUCCCCAAAAUAUUGAUGGGGUGCGAUAUCUAAGACUGGCCUGCAGAGAGCAUCCCAGUGAUGCACUGGAUUGGGGAACAUGGGUGCUGAGUUCAAUUCUCAGCUCUAUCACCGAAUCAUAGUGUGACCUUGGGUAAGUCACUUCACUGGUUUGUGCCUCAGUUUCCCCUUUGAAAAAUAGGGAUGAGGAUGAUGAUGAUAUUCCCACUUCCAGCUGUGCUAUGAGGAUAACUCGAAAAAUACUUGGGAGUCAGAUACGACAGUGCUGGGUGCGGUAUAAUGCCUAGGGUAGAUACAUGAAGGGUAACAUCUUGGUCAGUUACUGAAGCAGAAAUAGUUCUGAGCAAGAAACUUCACUUAUCAAAUGUAUAUUUCACACCUCUUCUUAGAAUAAAUCCUUUAAUCUUUGAGUCAGCGAGAGUAAACAUAGACCAUCCCUGACAGGUGUUUAUCCAACCUGGUUUUAAAAACCUCCAGUGACGGGGAUUCCACAACCUCCCUUGGAAGCCUGUUCCAGAGCGUGAUUACCCUGAGAGAAAGAGAGAGUUUUUCCAAAUAUCCAACCUGAAUCUCCCUUGCUGCAGAUUAAGCCCAUUGCUGCUUCUCCUCCCUUCAGUGGCAAUGGAGAAAAAUGGAUCACCGUCCUCUUCAGAACAGCCCUUCGCUUACUGGAAGCCUGUUGGCAGGUCCCCCUCAGUCUUCUGGUCUCAAGGCGAAACAUGCCCAGUAUUUUAACCUUUCCUCACAGGUCAGGUUUUCUAACUCUUUGGUCAUUUUUGUUGCUCUCCUCUGGACUCUCUCCAAUGUGUCCACAUCUUUCCUUGUGUGAUACCAAGAACCGGACACAGUACCUAAUAAUUAGGCUGGAAUUAGGCACCUAAAUCCGACUGAAUUUCAAUGGGAUUUGGACAUCUAGCUUCUAUAAAGCUGCUUUCAAAGUGCCAAACUUAGCUCUCAUCUGGCACAACCGUAGACCUCAGCCCCAUCUGGCGAAACUGAGGCACAGAGAGGAGAUGGGUCACACCUUCAAAAGCAUUUACUCCUAGUAUCCAGAGGGACAGGUUUUUAAAGGUAUUUAGGUGCUUUGUGGAAUUUUCACAAGUGCUUAAAAAAGUUAGAUGCCUAACUCUCCAUUGGGCAUCCAAAUCCCUUCGGCAGUUUGAAAAUCUUAGCCUUAAUGUCUCUGUUUUAGUUUGGGUGUGUUUUUCAGGAUUGCUGGGCAGUCCUGGCUUCCAGACAGGUCACUGAGAAAUGCAGGUGCCCAACACACCGACAAGUCUGGCCACUUUGAUUAGUAGGGAUUUUUGCUGGCUAACUUUAGGCACCUGAGUUUGAAAACUUUUGCCUAAGUGAUUUGGCUGAGGUCGCAAAGAAAGUCAGGGCCAGCUCCGAUAUUAAAGCUAAGGUCUCUCGAUCCCCAUCACGUGCUCCAAACUUCUUAUGAAUUCUUCUUCUUCUCCAAACUUACACCAGUGAGACCAAGGUUAGAAACUGACCUCUGGAGACAAAUCAGGGUCUCAGGUGCCCCAAUGCAUUAGCCCCACUUAAGUCACGAAAGGUGAAUUCUGAUUCACACUAUGAAGACCCAGAAUUGUAACAGAAGUUUAACAUUUUUGGUGAUAUAUUGCGCUGUGUGUAUGUGUAUAUGUGAGGAAGGGGGAAUUUUUGGUAAUAUUUUUACGACCUCACUAUGUGCCUCGGUUUCCCCUCUAUGGCACGUGGUUAACCAGUGCGGGGAAAAGGACUCCGUGUGUUUUCAGGAAAGGCUAAAAGACAGAGGAGUGUGCGUGUCUGCUCCCUGUCUGGGUGGCAUGAAGAGUCGUUAAGGAACUGGUUGAAACUGACCCAGAUGAACAAGGGGGGCAGCGAGACAAUGCCAGCACUGCCUGGAUUUCCCCCCUUCUCACAGGGAAGCUGAGCCAAGACACCCACCUGCCAGCUGGAGACCGGAGGACGGGGAAGGGGUGAGCUGGGGGGUCAGAGGUGGCUUCAGGACACUCUGUCUCCUGGGAACUGACUACAGAGGUUCGACAGACACAGCCUGGACAUGGGGUUCACUGCGGCUGGGUGGGGCCCGGGGCUGACCAGAACAGAUGACAUUUUCACCUUCAUUUCUCUGUGCUAACCUAAGAGCUUCCUAGGCUGUGUCCAUGUGACUAAUAAACCCGGCUUGUUUUGCA